AUGCCUUUGACAGACACUCUUGACCGAAAUCUUGAUCAUCAGCCUCGCGAACAUAUGGAGCAGGCCCUGAAAAUACUGAAAGACCUCCAAAAUCGGCGUCCAUGCAACAAGGUCAUCUCAUCGAAACGCGUCCGCGAACCAAAGGCAGUCGAUGGCUCGAAAUGCGGCGAGUGUCAACAUAUGAAUUAUGCAUCCGCGCAAGGACCAGACAGAAACGCUACUAAGCGUCUCCUGCGGAGAAAUCUCGCAGUUGAUGUUGAAAUGCUGAAAGAGGAAAUGGAGCACAUGAAAGGGAUGCUUGCUUCCCACGAAUCACUUUUGACUCAGCAAUUUAAAAAAAAGCGGGUUUCUUCGCAGAUGAACGCUAGUCAAUAA